GAGCGUGCAGUCCGAAUGCAAGAAUUACGUCAUGGCGCGAUAAGGGGCCGGUGUCUCGACGCGCCGGCAACCGGGCCAGUCAACGCCGACCACUGGUACAGGACACACGUGAACACAGACAUGUCGACCAAAGUAGAAGCCCCCGCUGUGUGCAAUAGCUGUAACUCAGUCAUCAAUGGAAGAAUAGUGACAGCUUUAAACAAGAAGUGGCAUCCCGAACACUUCACGUGCAACACAUGCCGCAAGCCCAUCGAUGGCGCCAAGUUCCACCAGCACGACGGUGGUGUCCACUGCGUGCCAUGCUUCGCAGCCCACCACAGUCCCAGGUGCCAUGGGUGUGGCGAGCCUAUCACUGAUCGCGUGAUCCAAGCCCUCGGCGUAUCGUGGCACGCUCACCACUUCGUCUGCGGCGGCUGCAGGAAGGAGCUCGGAGGUGGCGGUUUUGUGGAACAGGCCGGCAGACCCUACUGCUCAGCGUGCUACGCCGACAAGUUCGCAGCUCGCUGCAAGGGCUGCGGCUCCCCCAUCACGGAUAAGGCCAUCAUCGCCCUCGAUGCCAAGUGGCACCGUGACUGCUUCACUUGCAUGAAAUGCAGAAACCCGGUGACAGACGCCACCUUCUCCGUAAUGGACAACAAACCCCUUUGCGGCAAAUGCGCCUAAACGCACAUAUUGACAUUACACACACAUAUUUAUACACCCAUCGAGUAGCCAGGAGUAUGGUACAUAGCUUACCUAGUUGUGCUUCUCAAAGAAAAUGCAGAUAUUUAAAGAAUAAUAUUUUUUUAUAAAAAGUAUUUUUUUACAGCAGCCAUUUAAGAUUAAGACCCUUUAUCCUUGGACUUUCUGCUAAGAAAUGCUUACAUUUCAUUCUACUAUCAAAAUCACAAUCUUUGAGAACACAAUCUUACUGCUAAAAUAAAUAAUAAUAAAUUACUUAGGUUUUACGAUGUUACAAAGAUUACAAAAGGAUACAGCAGUUAUAUGACAGUAUUUUUUAAGGAAAUAUAAUACAAUUUGUUCGUAAGGAAUAAAGUAUUUUAUUAAGGAAUGCGUGUUUAAAGCCAUAAUGUAUUGCUGAACAGCUUUUAUGAAGAUAAAUGUUGUUCUAGCAUUUACAAAGAAACGUUAUUUUUAGGUUAUGUCGGCCAUUUUGUAUACUAGUAACGCCAUCUAGCAACCAUGUUGACACAUCUCAUCUUCAUGUUAUUGAUUGAUGUUUUAUGGGCACAAAGUAUUCUUCUAGAAGCCUUUAUAUUCACAAAAUUAUGUUUUCAGACACCAUCUUUUCUUUUCAAUGGCCGAGUAACGAAGUGCACAAAAUAUGACUGCACAAAACUAAGCUACUUUAAUAUAAGUUUUAAACAUUAAUUUAAACUUUGAGAAUUUGUUGUACAUAAUCGUAUUUAAAUAUUAAAAGUCGCUGUGAUGCUUUUCGGCUUUCGAUUGUAUUUAUUCAAUGAUAUACUUAUUACAUCAUUAAAAUUGUUAAAAUGAGCUAGAUUAUAUUUUGUACGCUUUUCCGGAAUGGUUAUUUUUCCAAUAAAUUAUUUUGUUUUUGAUUAUAA